AUGGAACCAGACAUGGGACGUGUGCUGCGUAACGACGGUGUGAAGGUGUUUAAUGUGUCGCCAGGAUUUUUGGCCACAACGCUUAGUGACGAUCGAGUGACCGGCCAGCAGGUAGAUAAGAGAGCUAUGGGUGCCAUUGAUCCGGCCAUUGGGGGCGGGUUCUGCGCCGAUAUCGUUGAGGGGAAGAUGGAUGAACAAGCUUAG